AUGUCCAACGUCUAUCAAGCAAUCGCAAAUCUUGAUUCAAACGAGGAAAGAACUGCGCUACGAACUUUCUUCACUCAGAAUCCAGAAAAAAGAACUGAAGCGGAACUCAUCCUUCCUACAUGUGGCAGUAAUGAAGAGGUGGUUGCUUAUUUAAAAGAUCUCUUAAAAUCUGAACUUACUGAGCAAGAACUUCUCCGAACAGUUCUUUCUGUUCCUAAAAUGCACCCGAUUACGACAAAGUCCACAACAAAAGCAGCAACGAGAAAAAUUCCUAACAUGUCGGUUCUGGCAUGGGAUGAUUUUCUUAAUAAUGCCUUUUAUGCAUCAACAGCUCUUGACACAGGCAAUCGUAUAUUUAGCAGGCCUAGCGUCACUGGGGCUAUAUCUGUCGAAGAUUCUGUUGUUGACAUGUUCUUGAAAACGAUGGAAGCUACCAACAAUCAGAGAUUGAUUCUUUUGCCAACGCCAGAACGUUGGAGUAAGCGUUAUGUAUUUCGGGCUAUCAAAGGCCAACCAGAUGCUAUACGCUGUGGUGCUGGUAACAUACAGCUUUUGAAUGACUCGGAUGUCUCUCUGAUAUUUUCAGCAGUUGAAGUUAAACCUGAACAGUUGAUGAGGACUUUGGUAGCUGAUGGAACCGAAUUGUUUAAUGCAUAUAACACAGCAUUGACAACAGAAGAUGAUGGAACAAUUGCGUACACUCAACAUCAAAAAAUUAUCAGAAUCGUUAGGCAACUUUUUGGAUAUAUGGUCGUUAAUGACCUCAAAUAUGGCCUUCUUACAACAUAUAUUCGAACAUGGUUUUUUUAUCGUCAGGAUGAUAACCCGGACAAUAUUUACAUUUCUCCGGCAGUUCAUAUCAAUCAAAGUCACACAGAUGAUGGUGCAUCGUUCCUUGAAUGUAUGUAUUAUUUUGAAAAUAUAUCUACAACGAAACCAACUGCACAUUCUUCACCACCUAAUACUGAUAAAUAUAGAGACAAAGAUGAUGAAUAUCGGUCAUCAAGUUCUAAGAGUAAUGUCUUUAGGAGGACUUUGGGAGUAAUCACUCGCAGUCAAUCAAAAAAAGAAAAGGAUAAACUAAAUGAUAAUGAACUUCUCAAUAGUAUGAAAAAUUAUAAACGUAGUCAAUUCUCAUUUGGCGAUGUGUUGGGAAAUGGUCGCUCUGGAGUUAUUUUUAUGACCAAGCUUCACGAACAAGUAGGAGAUUCAAGGCAAUACAUACCAAAGCUUCUUAAAUAUGGGGUUCUCCACGAGGCAUUUGUUUUUAUAUUUACAUCGUUUGCCGGAGAGUCAUUUGCAAAUAAUAGAAGUAUCACAGAAAAAGAAAAACAGUUGGCCAUUAAUGGUUUACUGGCAAUACACGCAAAAGGAGUGAAACAUGGGGAUAUCAGAUUAGAAAAUAUAAUGAUGGAAAGGAAUGAGUUAACGGGUCAUUCUUAUGUGUGGUGGAUUGAUUUUGCGUGGAGCAAAAUGAUAAAUAAUACAGAAGAUCUGGACGUGGAAUUAUCCGAAUUGAACACUUGCUUGGCAUGUGUUAAAGUUAAGAUUUACCUUAAUUAA